GCUCCUUGGUCUUGCUCUCGUGUUCUCUGUCUGUCUCACUCCUGGCCUGAGUGUUGACAGGAGCAACUUCAAGACAUGUGAACAGAGUUCCUUCUGCAGACGUCAGCGCAAGUUUGAGCCGGGAUCCUCUCCGUAUCGCGCUUUGCUGGGAAGCGCAAAACUGACUGCGGACAAACUAGAAAUCCAGCUCAUCAAUGACAAGACCCAGGUGUCCCUCCUUCUGGAAGUCUUCGGACUCCAUGGAAACAUGACCCGAAUUAAGAUCAAUGAGAUCAAACCUCUAAAACCUCGAUAUGAGGUUCCAGACGUGUUGGUUGGGACACCGACCCCUGAAAAUUUGCAGGUGACUGGGCAGGAUGAUAAUACCCUUGAACUGUCCUUGGGAAGCGAUGAGCACAAGCUUCUAGUGACCGGAUCACCGUUCCGAUUGGAUAUCCUGGCAGGGCGAGACUUGGUCCUGAGCGUCAAUUCUCGCGGGUUGCUUUACUUCGAGCAUUUUACAGAACGAAAAGACACUCUCUCGGCUAAAGUUAGUAGCGCUGUCGGUAACAUGUGGCAUAAAGUGAAGAAUCUUUUCUCUAGUGACCCAGAGAAGACGGAGGAAUCCGCUGGAACUGAUGAUGAAAACCAAGGAGAGGAGGAAGCGGCAAAGGAAGAAGAAACCAAGAAGCCGGAAGAAGAUGAGCCAGGAAUGUGGGAAGAAACCUUCAAAACGCACACGGACAGCAAACCAAAUG